GAUACGUUCGAUAUAUCGCAAACGCUGCCAUCGCUAGAAAGUAGCCUGGUAUCUAUGAAAUACGUGGUUAAUUUGUUUGCAAAAAGCCCACGAGCAGGCCUAAAAUGUAUCAGCUGGGCACUGUGUAUAAAACUACUGUGAAACAGAAACGGGCCCACAACUAAUACCGAGGCCCAGCGAAACAAUGGCCAUGGCAACAGGCAAAGCUACGGAAGAGGAGCAACUAGAACAACAGCAGCAGCAGCAGCAACAGCAAACGCAACAGAAACAGUUAACUCUUCAGUCAAGAAUUCGCUUUGCCUUGUUCUUCAUUGCCGGCUGCUUGGCAGCAUUUGGCUUCCAUGCGCUGACAUCGUCGUCGGGCUCGCUGCUGGGCUGGCGACUGAGACUGCAUCAUCUGCCAACGGCUCACUAUUUGCAGACGCGCGAUGAGUUCGCCGUUUACUCGGUGGAUGAGCUGAAUGCAUUUAAAGAGUUCUACGAUAAGAGCGUGAGUGAUAGCGUCGGUGCUAGCUUAUCGGAGGCGGAGGAGACUAAUAUAAAAGAGGCAAUGGGUGCACUGCGACUCGCCCAGGAGAUGUAUAUGACGGGCAAGGAUGACAAGGCGGCGCGUCUCUUUGAGCAUGCCCUUGCCCUCGCGCCCAAGCAUCCGGAAGUGCUGCUACGCUACGGCGAAUUUCUCGAACACAAUCAACGAAAUAUUGUGCUGGCAGAUCAAUAUUACUUCCAGGCGCUCAGCAUUAAUCCAAGUAAUACUGAAGCGCUGGCCAAUCGCCAGCGCACAGCGGAUGUGGUGCAGUUACUGGACGAGCGUCGGCUCAGCUCGCUGGAUGAGAAACGGGAUGCCCUGUCGGCCAUACACGAGACAAACUCUGCAUUGAGACGAGCCAAGAAGGAGGCUUACUUCCAGCAUAUAUAUCAUUCAGUUGGCAUUGAGGGCAACACAAUGACUCUGGCACAGACGCGCUCUGUGCUGGAAACCCGAAUGGCUGUCGAUGGGAAAUCCAUUGACGAACACAACGAAAUUCUGGGCAUGGACUUAGCCAUGAAAUAUAUCAAUGCAAGCUUAGUGCAGAAAUUAUAUAUCACACUGAAGGACAUCUUGGAGCUGCAUCGCCGGGUGCUGGGCCAUGUGGAUCCCAUCGAAGGCGGUGAGUUUCGUCGCAAUCAGGUCUAUGUUGGUGGUCAUGUGCCGCCAGGUCCAGGCGAUUUGGCCAUACUGAUGCAACGAUUCGAGCAUUGGCUCAACUCGGAGCACAGCAAUUCGCUACAUCCGGUCAACUAUGCUGCGCUGGCCCACUACAAACUGGUGCACAUCCAUCCGUUUGUGGACGGCAACGGACGCACCUCGCGCCUGCUAAUGAACACGUUGCUAAUGCGCGCCGGCUAUCCGCCGGUGAUCAUACCCAAACAGCAGCGGAGCCAGUACUAUCAUUUUCUUAAGCUGGCCAAUGAGGGCGACAUACGGCCCUUUAUCCGUUUCAUAGCCGACUGCACCGAGAAGACGCUAGACUUGUAUUUGUGGGCCACCAGCGAUCUGCCGCAGCAAAUUCCUAUGCUCAUUCAGACAGAGAGCGAUGGCAAUGUAUUGGCCCAACUGCAGUCGCACACUCUGCACACUAGUUCACCGGAACUAUACGAAAGUGGUUCCGGCUCAGGUGCCGGUGCUGGUGCCAGUUCAGGACAGAAGGGAAUGCCCUGACACUCCUUUCCAGUGCUAAAGCUAAUUGAAUGGCUGCUCAAGACCCUUAGUAAAUUAUAUGUUGUAAAUUGUGUGUAUUUAGCAUAAAAUUUGUGGAUAACUGUAACUUGUUCAACAACAACAACAAUAACGCCGUUUGUCAGACUGUGAUCGUAUUUAAGCUAAAAGAUCUAACCAAAAAAAUAUCAACAAAAUGCUUUAUA